UUGAACUCACAUAGAUCUACCUGCUUUUGCCUUCACAAUCCUGGGAUUAAAGACUUGUGCCAUACCACUUGGAUAGCAACACUCUUCAUAUGACCCUUCAGAGAGCCUCUUUCUCAAAGUUCUUUACUGCUCCAUCACCUAUUUGUCUUUGCUUCUCUAAGAUACAGUGUUUAGCUAAGAACAAGAAGGUAAUUUUUGUCUUUGAUAUAGUAAGAUUGAGGCACUUGUGAGCAUCCAUUUAAUGAUUGUGAAACACAAAAGGACUUUGGUAAGAACUCUGUCCCUGAGAAUUACUAGUUUACCCCUCUUAGGAAACUUAAGAAAAUAUAUUAUUCAAUUUCUUACUCUACCAUUAAUCCCUAUUAUCCCUAACUGCACUAAUUUUUCAGAGACCCAUCGCAUACAUGGUAAAUAUGAGACCAUCUUGGAUCAAGGCACAAAGGAUAUCCUGCACAAUCCUGAAAAUAUCCAAGAGAAGUUAUAUAUUUGUAAUAAGCUUGUCAGACUGAUUGAAUCCUUCCAUUGUAGACCUCAUAACACAAGUGAUACUGCAGAAAACAGCAAGUACAGAUCUGGUAACUAUGGAGAUACCGCUGUUGAAACAAUAAAUAUGAAGAGACACAAAAGUGGAAACACUCGAGAAAAUUCUUGCAAAAAUCAGGACUAUGUGAACUGUUUUAAUUUGUAUUACAACAUUAGCCAAAAUCAAAGAGUCAACAUAGGAAAGAAAGAACACAAAAAUAUAGCAUAUGAUAAAUCUUUUGACUCUAAACAUAAAACUAUGCUGAAACAAACCAAUAGAGCAAAAAUAGGAGACCAAAACAAGAACUCUGAAAAAUGCUCUAAGUUGGACUCAAACAUCAGUAGUCAUCAGAGAGCUCCUACAGAAGAGAAACUCCAUAAAUGUAUGAAAUGUGAUAAACCCUUUCAGCAGUUGUUCCAACUCAAAGUACAUUACAAUUUCAAGUGUAGUGAAAAACCCCACAAAUAUCUUAAAACUCCUCAGAGAAUUCAUAUAGGAAAGAAACCACACAAAUGUAGUGAAUGUGCCAAAUCAUUUAUGAGUACGUCAUAUUUUAGAAUACAUCAGAGAGUACAUAAAGAAGGGAAGAAACCUUACCAAUGUGGAGAAUGUGACAAAACCUUCAUCGAGAAAAACAGUCUUAGAAUUCAUCAGAGAAUUCAUACAGGAGAGAAACCUUACAAAUGUAGUCAAUGUGACAAAUCCUUUAUGUUUAAAGGCAGCAUAGUAGUUCACCAAAGAGUACAUACAGGAGAGAAACCUUACCAAUGUGGUGAAUGUCAGAAAUUCUUUACCCAGAAAAGUGGUCUUCGAACCCAUGAGAAAAUUCAUACAGGAGAAAAACCACACAAAUGUAGUGAAUGUGGCAAAUCAUUUCUGAGUGUGUCGUAUCUUAGAAUACAUCAAAGAAUACACACAGGAGAGAAACUUUACAAAUGUAGUCAAUGUGACAAAGCAUUUAUCCAGAAAGACUCUCUAAUAACUCACCAGAGAACUCAUACAGGGGAGAGACCUUACAAAUGUAGUGAAUGCGACAAAUCCUUUACCAGUAGGUCCUUUCUUAGAAGACAUCGGGAAAUACAUUUAGAAGAGAAACCUUACCAAUGUGGUGAAUGUGACAAAUCCUUUAAGGAGAAAAGCAGGCUUAAAACUCAUCAGAAAAUUCAUACAGGAGAGAAACCACACAAAUGUAGUGAAUGUGGCAAAUCAUUUGUGAGUAGAUCGUAUUUUAGAAUGCAUCAGAGAAUACACACAGGAGAGGAACUUUACAAAUGUAGUCAAUGUGACAAAUCAUUUGCCCUGAAAUGCAGUCUAGUAAGUCAUCAGAAAUUACAUACAGGUGAGAGACCUUAUAAAUGUAGUGAAUGUGACAAAUCAUUUUUCAAUAAGGCCGCCCAUAGAAUACAUCAGAGGACACAUACAGGAGAGAAACCUUACCAUUGUAGUGAAUGUGACAAAUCUUUUACACAAAAAGGCAGUCUUAAAACUCAUCAGAGAAUUCAUACAGGAGAGAAACCUUACAAAUGUAGUGAAUGUGAGAAAUCCUUUACCUAUGGCUCAGAAUUUAGGAAACAUCAGAGAUUUCAUACUGGUGAGACACUCUACAAAUGUUUUGAAUGUAACAUAUCAUUUACCCGUCGUGAAUUUCUUACAAUACAUCAGAGAAAGCAUACAGGAGAGAGACCUUACAAAUGUAGUGAAUGUGGCCUAUCAUUUAUGAGUAUCUCAUAUCUUAGAAGACAUCAGAGAAGCCUUACAGUUGAGAAACCUUAUAAAUGUAGUGAAUGUAACAAACUUUUUUCCCAGAAAUGCCAUCUUAAAACUCAUCAGAAAAUUCGUAUGUGGGAGAAUCCUUACAAAUGUAGUGAGUGUGGGAAAUCCUUUAACACUGACUUAUGUCUUAGAAGACAUCAGAAAGUUCAUACAGGUGAGAAACCCUACAAGUGCUAUGAAUGUGACAAAUCCUUUACCUAUGGUUCAUCUCUUAGAACUCAUCAGAGAAUUCAUACAGGAGAGAAACCUCACCAAUGUAGUGAAUGUGACAAGUCCUUUUCGAGUAACUCGUAUCUUAGAAUACAUGAGAGAAACCAUACAAAAGAGAAAAAGUCCAAAUAAUAAUUAGUGACACAUCUUUUAUCCAACCUUAGAACACAUGAAAGAAUUCAUACCUGAGAGAAACCUUUCAAAUGCACUGUAUGAGGAAAAGUCUUUACUUGCCUUUCACAUGUAAGAAAACAUCUAAAAAUUCAUACUGGGGAGUAAAGAAACCAUUUGAAAUGAUGUGGCUUCUGCUUUCUCCAAUUUUUACUUCUUCAACCUGAAAUAAUUCAUAAUGAAGACAAAAUGGAGACGUCUGAAGCCCUGUCUUUGGUCUUGUGUAGCAACUUCCUAGGAACUCAGAUUAUCCAUUCUGAAGGAAAGCUGAUUAAGGCAGGAGAUAAGCUGUUCAAAAUAGCUUCAAGAUGAUGUGGGAUUGCCUUUUCUAUGCUGUGAAUGUUUUAUUACCAUUGGUUAAUAAAGAAGCUAUUUUGGCCUAUGGCAGGCAGAAUAGAGCUAGGCAGGAAAACUAAAGUGAAUGCCAGGAGAGUCAUGGAGACACCAUGUAUCUGCCAACAGAGAAAGAUACCAGAACCUACUGGUAGGCCACAACUUAUUGGUGGUACACAGAUUAAUAGAAAUGGGUUAAGAUGUAAGAGCUAGCUAGGAAUAUGCCUAAGCUAUUGGCAAACAGUGCUGUAAUUAAUAGUUUCUGUGUGAUUAUCCAGGUCUGGAUGGCCAGGAAACAAAUGAGCAUUCUCAGUUUAUAUCAAGGUAUCCCUGAAACUGACAGGAUUCAGUAUGUUUAACUGAAAUGUCAAAACUUAGACAUAAAUCAUGCAACUCAAGAUUGGUCAAACUGGACCAUCAAGAUAGGAUGCUCCUUAAUCUGUAUGUAUCCCUGUAGGUGUGCAGUAUGUUUCAGGUGUCCAAUAUUCAUAAGCUAUAUCACAUGCUCAUUUUGAGUUUGAGGAUUGCAACUACCUUUGUGUCCCCUGUGCUCUGAUAAGCAACUCUCCCCAUAUUCCUGCAACUCCCAAUAAAGCUCAUUGGUUUAGCAAGUUGAAUCUGUUUUCAGUUUCCAGUUGGGGUGAGUAGUUGGAUCUAUAUGUUGUAUCUCCCCAGGAAGUGUCUCAUAAAACAUAUAGUGAACCCAUUUAUUAAUUUGCCUUGAAAUUUGUAAGUGGGAAACUGAUAAUAGAGCCAUUCUGGGUUUUGACCUCAUUCAGAUUAUGAUCCUUUCAUUCGAGCUUCCCAAGAUAAAUGAAAACCCCAAAUUCUGAUUGUUUUAGGAACUGAGACACCACUUCCAUCUGUCUCCUGACAAGUCUACCCACAUGUUAGUAUGCCCACAUUCAACUACUUGGAAUUGUCUUAAGGGGUCACAGCAAUAGGAAAUUUGGUAGCACUGUAUUAGAGAGAAGGGAUUAGAGUUAACUAAAGUAAGGAAGAUUGUGCUCGAUCAUCCUGGAAUUAUUUCCAUGUUAGUACUUAAUCGUGGUAAGAAGGCCUUCACAGGAACGGAAUGUAUUCUUGGGUUGAGUCAGAGGGCUCUUCUCUUUGCAUUCAUUGAGGAGUAAGAGUGAAGUCUGCAAAAACGAAAAUUGAAAAAAAAAACAGUUGAAAACAUGUCAGUGGCAGAUACCAUCCAAACUGGGUUAUUUACUUGAAUAGACGCAUGUUACUUUUCCAUGAUUCAACCAAACUCUGGUGCCCCUCAGAACAAUCCUACCUGUGGAUAAAUACUAUAGUCUGUUGUGUGCUUGUGUAUUUCUGUAAUUUUAACACUCCAUUCUACAGGCCUUAAGAAAUUGAAUUUCUGGUCCUCAUAAAUUUUUUAUAAAAUACUAAUGUUCGCAUCCCAGUCUAUUCAUAAUGAACUGGAACUCAAUAAAUUGCUUCACUAAGAACUUAACUUCAGCUUUAUUUUCGUGUGUAAGUUCAUCCAGAGACCUAGAAUCUAAUUUCAAGAGCUCCUUCAUCUUGAUGACUUUAAGAUUGUUGACCGAAUACACCUCGGGUUUCUAGUUAGUAUCUUGAUAAAAUUUUUAACUUGUGCACAGUGAAGAGACUUCUCACAGUAAAGUACACAUUACACUAUUUUUCUUAUUCUGUAACCAUUCGUGAAGAGUUCUUAUGGUGGCAGCAAACAUGGUAAGGCUGUAUGAAAUGGCUCUACACAGCUGGUGUUGUGUAGCAGAGAAUAUGAAUAGAGUGGGACAGAUGCAAAUCAGUGGGGCAGGGGCAAUCACUAUAUCAGCAGGAUGAUGGCUAAUGCAGCAGGCGCUCUGUGCUAUUGGUACAUUCUUCAGCAUUUGUGGAGAAGCAUGAUAAAAGCCAGACCAUAGGAACCUAAGGCACAUUCCUAGAUGGAGUUUUAGAAGCUACAUUUUUAGAAAAAAAAAACGACUCAGACAAGAUCUUGUUUGGAAAGGGGAACCCUUUCAGGUCUAGGACACUGUUGGGCUAGCUGGAGAAGUCAUGAUUCUGCUGUGCUAUGGUUGGUAAUGGAAGAACAGCAGAAGGGAAAGCAAGGCUGAAAGCAGGUAUAUUGUACUGGACCAAAGUGUGAUCAGUUUCUUUCUCUGCUGAUGAGCAGGGGAUACAGGCUCUAAAAGUUCAGUUGUGGAUAACUUUAUUCCUGUUAGUAUACUUUAGAUUUUAUGAACUGGACUUUAUCAGUAUCCUUUUUAUUUAUCUUACAGAUACCAAUACAGUAGGAUAAUCUGGAAAAGGAUUUGCAUUAUCUCAUAUGAAACCGUGGUUAUGUUGUGGGAAUUACAAAGACCUUGUUUUAUACUAACCCAUGCCUUCUACCUCCACUGUUGUACCACUUGCCUGUUGGAGCAAGUGACCUUUGUUCUUAGAGAUUAGGCAUAAAUGGAAAGGUAUUUGGAAAUUAGUUUCAUGUGGAACCAGGGCAUUUGAUCAAAUCACAAGGCAAAAAAGUACAUCAUACUUUCUGAUUCAAUCAAAUAUAUAAAUGAAAGUAUAAUGUACUUAUUGAGUCACAAUAUUGGCUGAUAACAUUAGCAUUUACUAAGCAACUCUUUACUCCACAUUAACUUUCCCUCUGAGAUGUAUGCUCUCGAAUGUAAAUAGUGCAUUCAGAAAUGUGUCUUCAAAUACUAAGUUCUUAAUAUUACAUUUGAGACUCUGGAAAAGCACAAUAUGUUUCCUUUGAGAGAAAAUCGGGCCACACUGUAUUUACAUUUAUAAAAUGCAUACAGAUUAAGACAAAAUUAGAAUUCAUUUUGUUAAAAAUGCUAAUCACUAAACUACAUGAAAUUCACUGUCUCUUAUAUUGUUGAUCCAUAAAAAGCACUCAUCCCAAGGCCAAAUUGGCUUGAUGUUUGGUGCUGGCUUUGCUUUACUGAAUAAAUAUAUUAUUCUAUUGCUCUUGCUAUGCUUGCGUUACAAGUCCUCCAGAUAACACCAGAAGUUCGAGUUUGUAUGCAAAAUAAAAGAGCUUUUAUUGCAAACUAGAGUUUGGGCUCUCUGUGUGUUCUGACACAGCAGUUGGAUCAGGGACAGCAUUGAGCUCAGCUAUGGUAGGCUUCUUAAGGAGUAAAGGAUUUGGGAGGGGGUAGGUGAAUUCCAGAUACAGACCAGACAGUGGUUCAACUCCUGAUUGGGACAGGAGAGAGGUAGCAGAAGUCUUGUCAAACAGGGUUUGGUACUGGUGAUGCAGCAAGGAAAUUGGUAACCUAUAAACAAGUUUAGGUUAUCUAUUUUUAAUACUCUAGAGCAUCUAGUACUUGUUUGUCUUCAUUCUGAUUGGUUUCUCACAGGGUACAGUUUGUGGUUUUUCCUGGUUAUUUUAAGGAUGAGGCGUAGUCUCAAUAUUGUUAGUCUGCAGCAUGUCAUGGCUGUGCUCAUGUUAAGUUAGACUUCUUCAUCCCCCCUUCACCUCUAAUUAAUGGGUCUUCUGCAGGAAGAGCUAGACAAUCACACAUUACCCCUUUCCUGCAUUUAGGACAUUAUCAUGAAUGUAUAGGGUCAACCCAGAUGAAGGCCCAUCAUCCAGAUGAGCAGCUUAAUGAGUUUUAUUUUGCAUGGGCAGGGUUUUUCUUUUA